AUGGACCCUAUGGCAGCACGGAAGGGAAAACCGGCAAUCUCAAUGUCGACAGGAUUACCGGCGCGGCUAUCUCCAGACCCAGAUUCGAUACCUAUUGCUACAGGAAUUCGGAGGAGGAGCUCGGUGUAUGAAACAAUUCAGGACGUUCAGAGCGAGAUCCUAGCACCGGCUGCGAAGGAGAAUGUUAACUGGAACAAUAUACCGUUGGCUAUGGCCAUUCUACCGGCGGUAUCCGGCUUAUUCUUCACAAAUGGCACGCACUUCGUGGCGGAUGUUAUACUAUUAUUUCUUGCAGCAACUUUUCUGCAUUGGUUAAUCAAGUUUCCAUGGGACUGGUAUCAUGAAUCGCAAAACAUUGCUUUGGAUCUUGUUCAGUCUCAUGCCGUCUUCUCGGAGGAAGACGAAAAGGGAGAGAAGAGCGACGACUCCGACGCUACUUUGAGAGUCGGUCAUAAGAACAAAGUCAACAACGUUUCCUACGAUGCGACUCUGGAGCUAGAGAGAAACCGCAGAGUUGCAUUGUUAUGUUGCUUUCUAGGCCCAUUACUUGGAGCAUGGCUGCUUCACGCCAUACGAUCCCAGCUUUCGCGACCCGGGGAGUCCCUCCUAUCGACAUUCAACAUUACUGUAUUUGUCUUGGGGGCAGAGAUACGGCCCUCAGCCCAUGUCAUCAAGAUGAUCCGAAGCCGGACUAAGGAACUACAGAGUGCCAAAUACCAGCCUCCUCCUUCAAAACUAACGGAGAUGUCGUUGAAGGUUGAGGAGCUCUCAUUACAGGUCCAAACACUCAUGGCCGCUGUUAAUACCGAGGAUGAGAUGCUGGGAAACGUAAAGAAGGGUAUUCAGCCAGACUUGGAUGCCUUGAACCGUGCUGUCAGACGAUACGAGCGCAAAGAAGCCUUGCAAUCUGCACAAACGGAAGAGCGGCUCGCCUAUCUCGAUCGUCGCCUCAAUGAUGCAUUCACCCUUGCUGCCGCAGCAGCAUCAUCCGCACAAGACAAUCGAAAUAAUUCUCUUGGCCACAUUCUUACGGCUUGGAUUGCGUGGUCUAUCUCGAUCCCCUUCGUCUUAAUGAUCAAAAUUAUAAGUGUUCCGAUCAAAGCAAUUGAAACUCUUGCCACGCUCCCACUUCGCACCCAGGCAGGGCGGGCCUUGCUCGGGAGGCACCGAAAUGGAACAUCCCGCAUGAAUGAUCCUUUAGGCAAACGACCAAAGCAAAUCGGGGACGGAAAGGCCAAGCAUAGGGGCAAGGCUAGAUUUGCCUAA